UUGACAUUUUGUCAAUGUCAAACCAAAAUAUGCAAGUGACACGUAAUUCUCAAUAAUUUAAUUUGUUUUUUGUGUAUUUCCCAAUGUGAAAAUUCGCGAAAAUAUCGAUUAAAACUGUUAAAAUACAAAACACGGAAAUGUCCGAUAGAGGCUUUGGUGAUCACGCGUCAAGGAAUGUGGUGAAAAAUCCGCUAUUGUCUACCGCCGUGAUUGGUGUCUCUUUAGAAGAUUUGACGCAUAAUGCAGUCCUGUUGCCCGCCGUUCCGAACCAAGAACUGAUCACAAGACAAGAUACCCAAACCGGUACCCAAACGGGAUCCCUGAGGAAUCCCGAACAGAAUCGUUUAGAUUUAUCAUCCGGUGAUUCAAAUUCCAACAUAUAUCGUUCUCAAACGUUAACCAAUAUAAAUCCAAACCCGUCGAAUACUCAAAAAAAUCUUGAUAAUAAUAACAUAAUGGAUUCUCGUACAACAUUGUCAAAAGCUUCACAUAAUACCGAAGACGAUUUUGACGUUAAUGAAUAUUUUGCUAGACUACACGGCACUAGGUAUGUUAGUGCACCUAUUAAUAGUGCGGUUAAAGAGGCGGAAAAUUUAGCAACAGAGGAAAAUCUAGAAGAGAUUAACUUGAAUGAACCAGAUAAACCAGUUGAAGAAUUCCAGCACAGUCUAACAGCAGAUAUUGCUCAGAAUUUCUCACAAUUACCUACGGUUUUACCUCAAGUUGCAAGUGCUGUGUUUAGCUCCUUCUCUAACAUGCUGAGUAUGAAGAGUAGAGAGCAUACGCCUGAUGUUGUAAAACCAUUGCCGGAUUAUUCAGAACAGGUACAAAGAACGCAAGAGAUUGGUGUACCUCUGAUGAGUGUGCCUGAUGUUGUUAAGGAAGUGGCCCCGCCACCGAAGAAACCACCUAUAGGUACACCUUCAAACUAUCGAAUAACAACGAAGAAGAAAAUGUACGCGCAAAUACCAGGCCUAAAAUCCGCAGAUAUGAUGCAAAAUAUAUCGACAAACCAGCCUAUUGGUAACCCAUCGCAUUUCGCACCUGAAACACAGAUCUCAGAUAUAAGUACACCGAUGCGAAUACAUGAUAAUGUAGAUGUAAAUACAUUUGAAGUGACUGGCAGUGACAGGAAUGUACAUACUGUUACUCAGUUUGGAGCAAACAAUAAUGUACCACAAUUUCCAUCGAAUUAUCCAGAACAGAAUAAAUCUACAACAACUGUAGAUGAUCUUAAUCUAUCGAUUGAAAUGAUUAACAAACGGGAAUCUAUCCAAACUGUAACAGAUCCAACGGCUUUAACGAUCCAACCGGCUCCAAUGUCUGUGAUACCUCCACCGCCGAUGUUCUCAAAUCAAUUAAAAACUGAUCAGACUAAUAUUCGAUCAGUAUUACCACCGUCUAUAGCAAGGCGUGUGUCCGCGAAUAAUCCGGUUAUAAAACCACAAGCACCUCUUUCAACACCAAUGCAAAAUAUCUUCGUGCCGUCUGUAAUGGGAUCACACGAAUCUGUACCAAGUAAUAAUUACCCUGGUGAUAUACAAGAAAAACUUGAGCCAAUGCAACAACGUCAACCAUAUAUACCGAGUACCAUGAACCCUGCACAAGAAAAUUCUGAUAAAAGCUUCAUAUCCGAUCCUCUAAUGCAACCUGAACGGUAUACAGAAAGUGCUACUAAUUAUUCUGGAAUCAUACAAGAACAACCCAAUAAAAGCUUUGUAAUUGAUCCUAAAUUGCCACAACCUGAACGGUAUACAGCAAGUGCUACUAAUAACCCUGGAAUUACACAAACAAAACCUGAUACAAGCUUUAUAAUUGAUCCCAAUGUACACAUGGGUACUGGAAAUACGAAAUCAAAAAUAAUUAAACCUGCAUCAUAUGGUUCAUCAAAAAUAUCGAUAUUCGUAUCAAAAGAAAUACCGCAAGAAAGUAUACUAGAAAACCUUAAAGGGCAUAGUCCUAUUGAUAUACCUCAAAAGAUAUUGUCUCCGGAAGAUUUAGUUGUAAAACAACUUUCUCAAAUGAAUUUAGAUCCACCAAUAACUAAUCUGGCUGAUGAAUUACUAAGCGAAAAACUGAAGAAACCAACUAAUUUGAAGUCCGUGCCUCCACCAACUUUCUUCAAUCAAAGUGCAACAGAUAUAAAUUCUGAUCGCAACGUUAAUGAAGUUCAAAAUAUUCCUACUGUCAAUAAAUCAGUAUUUGAACCUAAUAUUACAGAGCCAAAUAAAAGUAUACCAGAGCCUCCAAAAAUGUCAAGUAAUAAUUUCCGAAUGACAAAGAAAAAACCCCAGUAUUAUUCUGGACCUAUCGAAGGAGUUGGUAGUAUAAGUAAUCACGUCAAACCAAUUGUAUACUCUGAACCGACUAACACAUUCCAAGGACCUUUAUAUACCCCCCAAUUACCAGUUCAACAACUACCUGGUGAUUCAGGGAUCAUUUUAUCGGGUGCGACGACAGAUCCCUUAACAACUAGUUUAAGUAAUGCAGGAGUUUAUCAACAAUUUGAAACUCAACCACAAACGCAAAAUUACGGACAACAAGAUUACAAUACUGCAUUCGAUUUGAGCCGACAGACAACUGAAUAUUAUGAAAAUCAACAAGAAUCGAAAGGUUUUGGUAUCAUCGGUUCAUUGAAAUCCAAACUAAGCUCAAUCGAUCUUAAUAAGAUACAAAAUUCAGUUACUACAUUCUUCGAUCCUGCGUACAAUUAUACUAAAAUGGACACAACUAAUCGGGAACAAAUGUAUGAAUCGUUCCCAUUAGAGAAAACUGCUGAAAUACAAGACGGUAACUUAGAAAUAUACGUACCUACUGUGGAACCUGCAUCGCAAGCGUUUGGAUAUAAUUAUCAAUUAGAUGGAAACACUGUUAGUAACUCAACAGGAAUUCAACAGGUUCCAUAUAAUUAUUUUCCAGACCAAACAUCUGCUUCAAGCUCUGAUAAACCAAUUUACAAUGCCCCUGAAUGUAAUCUAAAAGAAACAUCCCCUUGGGCUGUAGAAUUGACUUAUACAGGCAAGAACGAAGACUUAAAAGCAGUCGGUACCAAAAUUAAUAAAAACCCUACAACCCAGGAGAAGGAAGCAGCGAAACCUAAUAAUGAUAUCUCUAUCACUCAAAUAUUUACAAAUCCAAAUAUUGUCCCGAGUAACAAUAAUUUCGAACCUUUCAAAACACAAGUAACUGGAUCAAAUUUAUGCGAGAGUUCGAUCUUUUCAGAUUUAAAAGUUCAAGAUAACAUACCAAUGCAAAAUUUAUUUACACCGAUGCCUGCAAAAAUAGAAGAUAAAGCAUCUCUGAUACAAUUUAAUACAGAUGAAACCUCGACUACUAAAUUAUCAGAAAGCUUUCCUAUUGAUAGUAAACAAGAGAGUUCUAUAGAACUAAACAAAACUGAGAUAAAAGGAAAUGUAGGAAAUGUAAUCAAUCCUGAAGUAGUCAGUAAUCUAAUUACACCGACUUUAAAUGAACCACAAAUUCCUAAAUGGGAUAAUAUUGGAUUUAAAUACUUUGAAUCGGCGUCAAAUUUACCUAGCGACUCUACAUUCGAUAGCCAAGCAACUGCUAUUUUUAAUAAAGAGCCAGCUCAAACUGAUCUAUUUGUCGAUUCUAAAGCACAUCAAGGGUUUCUUUUCGAUCAAAAUGCUGCAGACUUCUUUGAUAGACCUUUAUCUACAGAGAACACAGUAGUAGAAACUGUCCUAGAGACGGUUUUGAAAGAGGAAGAAAUUGAUCAUGACAUAAGUAAUUGCGAAACUUGUAGAGAGGUUAAUAAACCUGUAGAAAAAGAAGCUGAAAAUCUAACAGACCAACUGAUUGAAAAUGUUAUAGCACCUAUACAACUGUCGAAUCCUGUUGAAGUCCCUUUUACAGAUAAUGAUAGCCCAGACGUUAUUAGAGCUGAUUUUGAGCCCAAUCAAUGUGCUGAAAUCACACAUAUUACAGAAGAAACUAUUGCGACAAUACAAGAACAUGCUGCGACAGACCUUAUGGAUGAUUUUAACAAUAGCUCAGCUGUGCAUAAUAAUUACGGAUGGCUUACAGAUGAAUCCCCCUCGUCCAGUAAUAAUGCACUUCUGGAACAUGAUUAUUCUUUGCAAACAGAUAACGUGACUUCAAGACUUUUCCAAACUAAUUCCUUAACUGUAGAAGAUAUACCAACUAAUGCGAGCGAUGAAAUCAAAGCGGAGUAUAAAAAUUCAUUCGAUGAACCAUUAACAGUAUUCCCAAGACAAAUGAGCAUUCCUUCAGCACCUCCAGCUGAAGAGGACUCUAAAUCUGAUGAAAGUGGUUUGGAUGUUCACUCCAUAGAACAAGACGCGACAAAAGACUUCCCUAUAUACGACGACAAUGUUAUCGAGCCUUCAGAAACGGAUGACGAUAAGAUAGAGUUCAGAGAACGGGAAAGAAGCUCCGAAGAAUCUAUUCCAGGCGAUACAUUUACUAAUAGAGUGGAGAGAUAUAAGAAAAUGGAAGAAACAUUAGAACAUAGUCAUGAAGUGUUUAAAACUACCGACAGUUCGAUGUAUGAUGCACCCACUUCAACAAGUCCAUCAACAACUAUCGCUUCGUACUUCGAUACAGGGAAUUACGCCGUGGAAAACUUCUAUCGAAACUCAUCAAGUUCUCAUUCUGUAUCAAAUAUGAACGCCGCACAAUCACAGCAUCCUAUGACAAUCGUGAGAGCACCGCCUGGCUUCGAAACAUUAUAUCCGAAACAGUUCUAUAUUGUUCCGAACGAAAAUUAUACAGCGUUUGCAACACCAGACGUUAAUUCCAAUAAAAAGCCAGUAGUGUACGUUUUACCUGACAGUAACGUAUAUAUACCGAAACCUGAAUCGUCUUUAACGUAUUACGUUCCGUCUACUGAAACAAACGAAACAACAAACCAACCAGCAAGUACUUUAAUAGUAGAAUCUACAACUGACACGAUAAAUGUUUCCGAACAAAAUGUAACAAACACAACAGAAGCUGAUACUAAAUUACCUGAUUUUGCAACUGUUUUCGGAACAAAAAACGUUGAUACAGAAGUUAUCAGAGAGCCAUCUUCAACAUCUGAAAUUGAAUCUACAGACACGAAGACCUUGGAUACAAAUACCACACAAGCUGAGCCAGCUCGUGUUAGAGAUAGUCCUGAUGUUUACGAUUUUAGUAGACUAUCGAGUUACUUUUCAUCACCAUCCCAAACAGACCCAUCGAAGUCUUUUUUUGAAUUAAGCCAAUCUGAAAAUCAUUACCGACAAGACAAUCCCACAUCAACUGCCAUUUGUGAUAGAUUUAACAUUCCAUCUGAAACAUAUGAUUCUAGUAUGAAUUUAAUUAAAGAUUUGACAUCAACCGCGAACAUAGAAACCAUUCCAAAAGAACAAAUAGUUAGAACUGUUAAUUAUUUCACUAUUCUAUACGAUAAUGAUUCAUUUAAUCAUAAAAAAGAAUCAAUAAUCGAUUCAAUUCCAAUUGAAGUAACGAAUUCUGAUAUACAUUUAGAAACAUCGAAUGAAUGCAAUCAAGUAGAUAUAAUAGAAACUUGCAAACAUUGCUGUAGUAUAGAAAACGGUAUCGUUAACGACAUAAAUAUCGAUUUAAACAAUUUAGGUAUAAAUAACGUAAAAAUCAAACAAUACAUGAACAAAGAUAGUUCGGAAUUGAAGAACGUGAAUAUGGAAGUUAAGAAAGAAACAGCCGGCGACAGAUCGUUUACUGUGAAUUUCGAUAACAUCACAAUACAAGAUGAGAAAGGAGAAAAUCUCGCUAUGAUGACUGAGGUAUUAAUUUAAUUUUCUAAGUUGACAU